CUCAGUCCAGCUCCUACUUAUACAGUCAAUGGUCUUCAUCUACCCGGGAAUCUGAGUAAUCGUCUGAGAGCUCAGCCUCACUGACACAUUCUCUGGACUUCAGGCUGACAGGAGACACAGAGUCAUCUGAUGAUCUGCUGGAACAUCUCAACUCCAUCCAGGACCUGGUCUGAGACAGAGCAACACUGCCACCUAGUGUGGUAGACAGGAACGUCCACUGAGAGGAUGAUCUGAAGAUGAGCAGCUUGUUUUCUAUCUUUGAUGGUCUAAACACCGAAUUAAAACUUUAUGUUGUCUGUUAAAAAGGACAAAGAACGAGGGUUUAGGAGGAUCCUGAAAGUUCCGCUGCAGAGCUCCGACUGUUUCUGCUCCAUCAGGAGCUCCUGAUCCCUGUCGGAUAAGCGUUCCAUUCAUUCCCGAGCGGUCCCGUGUCAUCUGAGAGCUGACCCCGUUUCUAUUCACAGGAUAAUGUAAUUGGCAGCCAGGACGGUUCUCACUCCGGCCUGGACGACGGAGGGACAGGCUGGAUCUACUGUGCUGAGACGCCCUUCUCUUGGACAUGUUUAGGUUCUGUCCCGGUUCUGGUGGAGUCCGUUCAGCUGUUCUGUGUGGAGAUGGGAGCUUCCUUCACGCUCCGCUGCUGUCAGUGCUGCCUGACCAGCAGAGAGGAGAAGAAGGCCAUUCUGCGUUUGAACAGAACCUUAACGUCCAGACGAGCCGAGCAGCUGACCAGCGAGUCCAGCGACAGCGACAACGAGGAGGACAGCCUCUUUGGACCGCCUAGCUCGAAAAACAGCCGUCGGGGUCAGAGGAGACCCUCGGACCCGUGGGCCGCCUCGGACUCCCUGGUGGACUCCUGCAGCAGUCGAGGAUCAGAGAAGGAGCUGCAGGCUUUCCUCAGCAUGAGGGACGAGGCGGACCAGGCCACAGAGGAGUGGGAGAAGCUGAACUACGACAUUUACACGUUACGCUGCACCAGACGAGAAGUCCGAUCUCGAUGGAAAAAGAUCCUGCUGCAGCUGGGUUACGAGUGUGAGGUGGAGUCGCUGCUGGACGUGAACAAGCAGAGCAGCUUCAGACGAGACCGAGAGCAUCUGAAGGAAGCUCAGGAGCUGCUGAAGCAGCUGCUGGACCACAGCUCGCUGUUUCCGCCUGGGACUCAGAACCGCAGCCGGUAUCUGCACGUCAUGGACCGCCUGGUGUCUCUGGACAGCGCCGAGGACUUCAUCAGGCUGGCCAAGGAGAAAUAUCCCAAGAAGGACGGCUGAGAUCCAGAGACAGACGGAAUCUGCAAACAUUCACGACGGAAACUUUUCUUUUCUUUUCUGCUUGUUUUUAUAACUUAUUUGUUGGUUGGUCCACACUUACAAUCACUAAUGCUCGGUAUAAAUUGUCAUUGAGAAGUUUUGAUGUUGUCGUUUCUUAAUAAAUCUAAAAAUCA